UGUACUUAGAUUUCGAUUAUAUAUUCGGAGUAAUUUACUUGCAAAUAUCAAUCAAGAAAUCAUAGUUUGCAGGUAUAAUUGUUAGAUCGAAUUGACAAUGUCAAAAAGACAUAAUUUCUAUACGGUGGUAUCUACAGACCAGAAUGACGGAGUGCCAAAAGAACCAGCGUCACAGACAUGUCCUAAAUGGGCGAUAGCUGUUUCAAUUGUUGCCGCCGCGGCACUAGUUGGAGCUGUUAUAGCCAUUGCAGUCGUGUUUUCUCGCAAUAACGAUACUUGUGAUGGGUUCCAAUGUACUUCUGGCGCUAUGGCAAACGGUGGAUCUGAUUGCAUCUUGUCAUCAAGUGUAUGUAACAAUGUGGAAGACUGUAAAAAUAGAGAAGACGAAAAAGACUGUCCGAUAUCACCUUGUAAUAGCGGUCAGUUCUGGUGCAUACAAGGUGGUUCACAUGGAAAUUGCAUCUCCAAAGAUUGGGCAUGUGAUGGUUCCGAUGAUUGCAAAGGAGGGACGGAUGAACAAAAUUGUACAAAAGCCCCUGCUUGCCAACGUGCCCAGAACUUUCAAACCAUUGCACCAAAUUGUGAGAGAGAUGUUGGAAAUUGCUCGGUUAGUUUUUGUAGCAACGACGUCAACCCUAAAUGCUGUGGACCAGUGUACGAAAGAAGCAUCGCAUCUUGUUCAGGAGGCGACAUUGAGUUUUCACGAGUACUGAGAUGUGAAUGCCAGAUUUGCGAAUCACCAAAAGUUUUUGUUGCCGGAAGCAUGGAAGGGUGUGAUUCGAAGGUACACAACUGUUCAUUUGGAAUUGAAAUAAACGACACCGAAGUUGGAAGAGCAAACACAAAUGGACACUUCAGUUUCAGUGUGGAAUAUCCAUCAAAUUAUCGUAUCACUUUUUCAAUAAUUGACGACGUAGACGAUCUGUAUUUUACACAAGUAAAGCUCAUUAAUCUUAUAAGCAACCAAUAUGCUUAUUCAGUAACUGUGAAAAUGGUUCUAAAACCAGCUGCUAUAAGUUUUUCAUCAGAUACAAGGAAAACUGUCGAACUUGGAACAACUCAAGAUGUAGCGAUUGAAUUUGCUGAAAACUCAAUGUUUCUUCCAGAUGGAACUGAAUAUAGCGGAGAGGUCAAAGCUGCGAUCAAUUUCAUAGACCCGUCAAACAGAGAAAAUUCAGACAAUAUACCCGCACAGCUUCUAACUGAGGAUGUCGACGGAGAGGGUCCUGGCUUAUUGUCGUCCACCGGAAUGUUGCAAACUGACAUUAAAACCGCAGAUGGAAGACAGUUGAAUGCACGCGGGGUACAAAUUGAGUUGAUCACGGAUGGACUCUCACAAGAUGAAACUGACGGAGUUAAACUAUACAGGCUCGGAACAGAGGACGGCGUUUGGCAAGAAGUUUCUCAAAUGAAUACAUCGUCAGGAACUUCAUUGAGAAGACGAAAAAGAAGUAAUCAUGCGUCUGUUAUUACACGUAUUGACAUAAGCAGCGUUCGUCAAAUUUGGAAUCUAGAUGCAUUAGUUUAUCCAUAUUGUCAUAUGAAAGUUCGAGUAUUCAGCGAUGCCCAAUAUCUCGAGUCCUCGCAAGUAAAUGGAAUUGUUGUGAUCUCAUUAUACGCAAGGUCUACAAACGGAGCGUGGGCGAAUUAUCUUAGAAGAUAUGCAUAUAAUGGAGUUUGUGUUUCGGUUCCAUGCAACGGGAAUUGGUUCGACAUCGCUCAAGUAUAUGCUGAAGACAAUGACUACAUAGUUGUUGAGCCCAAAGUGCCAGAUGACAUCCAGACUACACUAAAGUUUGAGAACAAAUUGAAUUACUUCACUGUGCAAAUACCAAAAAAUGAAAAUGUCCAUGGCUCAAAUGGGCCCAUAUACAGAUACCACUAUGAAUGUUAUAGUGCGCCGUUCGGAGAUAAUCAUUUUCGAUUAUCCAGAGUUUUACCUGAAGAUAUUGAAGUGAAUACAAUUCCCAUAGACGAAAACAACAUUUUUUCACCUUGGAUAAAUGAUCUGUUUUCUUGGUGGCCGAAUAGAAAUCUCUUCAAAGCUUGCUAUGUGAAAGUUAAGAUAUUGCCAAUUGAUGCCAACGAAGACGACUUGAAAGAGUGGACAGUUGAGGCAAUCAGCCGUGGAGGAACACAUGCAGUUACAAAAGGAAAGGAAUACGGUCGUAGAAUAUCUCGAGGAAAUGGCCUAACAGCAUGUGUUGAAUACAAGUGUCCAGAUACCCUAUCAGAUAAUGAAUUUGACAGAACGGAAGUGACCAUCACUCCAAAACUGAACGGAUUCAAUUUUGCUUUUGUGAUCCCACCAAACAUAACAAUCAACACAAGCUCAUUUCAAGACAUCGUGGAUGAAUAUCAAAGGGAAAUAGAAACUUUGUUGGGUAAGCCGAGUCUCACAGCUCCAGCACUCGCGGCUCAUAUUCCAGAACUUGGUAUCUUCUAUAGUGAAGCAAUUCAUCCAAAGCUGGCUAAAACUGAAGCGAGGCGUAACUGUAUUCAAGGUUCGGCUGUCCUAACAUUCUCAGUUUCUGCUGCGGAAAUAUCUGGAUCUGGCUCCGGCUCUGGGUCCGGAUCUGGCGAUUAAGUAGCCUACAGUAGGAAUUUUAUCAUUUUUAAGAGACCGACAAAUGAUAGCUACAAGCUCGAAUGUCCAUUGAACACGUAGUGCAACAUUAAAUUAAUAUAAAUAUUAUAAAAAAUGUUUUUAGGUAAAAUAAUAUAUUAAUAGAGCUA